AUCCCAGACGUAGCUCUGCUAACAUGUACGUAAAGCUAUAUGUAAAGCGUGUUGAUAUGCGAAGGCACCCGACUGCACAAAUCUGGCCUGGGUUUUAGAGUUUCGGGGGAGGGUUCGCAGUUUUUCUUGCCAAAAUGUCUGGCUCACAGAUGAUCGGGUCGUCCGAUCGGACCCCCUUCACAGGACCGCGGACACCAAUGGAGGUCAAGAUGAUGGUCAAAUGCCUGAAGAAUGUGGAGAAAGACACUUUCAGGAAGCUUUUGAAAGCCGCAGUGUCGUUGAUUGAAGGCAAUGAUGUUCUGGAAAGCACAUUCUCCUCUCUUGCAAGCGACAAACUCUCCCAGGAAGUGCUCGGCACAGUCUUUGCUGGCAUCUGCACUCUACUAAGAUGCGCACUCAGGCUUCCUGUAACGUCGUUGAAACCAGAGAUCUUCAAAGAAGACUUAAAGGAACUGAGAGUUCCCAAGGAAUUUGUGGCUGAUUUCAGCAGUGCAGUGUACGGUGCAAAGCGAUCAUCCUUGGAGGCAGCCCUCGUCAAGAACCGCAGCAGGCUACCAACCCUCGACAGGUUACGAUGGAGGCUGGAUGUCGGCAUCUCCACAAGUGCAUUGAACCGAGUUCUGGAGCCCACCAUUUUGAUGGAGACGACAUUAAGUAACGGCAGCAUUCACAAUUUUGAGGUUCCCGUGUCUAAGUUCCAUGAGUUGCGAUACAGCGUGGCGUACGUCCUCAAGGAAAUGGAAGAACUAGAGAAACGAAGCAUACUGAAGAUAGAGUAACUUGACUAUAAAUUAGGAGGUUUUUUUCUACCAUUUUAUUGUAACUUGCAUUCAACAUCGGGUUUUGUCCUUCGACAAGGUUUUUUAUAAACACUCUAUAUUCCGUGUUGUCCGACGACUUGCAAGUAUUAUACGCGUAAUGGUACCAUUAAGGAGACACGUUGUCGUAAUUUCUUCGCACGAUGGGAGACAUCGGUCAUUAGGGAGACAUUU